AUGGCAGACUGUUCGAACUAUGGAAAAAAAACUUAUCUUUCGUWCUUCACARCAACUGUUUCKCUGUGCUUAUGUUUGAUCAAAAAAAACGGAAAUUUGCUAAUCUGUUAUGCUAUCAUCAAAGAUCCCUUCAAUGAGCAAAAAAAACCUUUYAACUACCUUAUCCUAAGUCUUGCACUGACUGACUUGCUGGUGGGAAAAAAAAUGGACCCGAUCUCUUUCAUCUUCCAUCUAACCGAGGGCUUGCCGAGCGAAAAAAAAAAAGAYAUWCGUCUUCUCCAUAUGYUUAUAAAAAAAAGCUUGAACCUGCAAGCCAARCARCUKAGYCUUCGCAAAGAUUCCAACAUCAAGCGAAAGAGAGAGCACAAAAAAGAGCUKAGCGCUACGAGGUGUCAAGCAAAGGUUACAAGGGCGUUGGUGUUAGUACUAUUAGCGUACAUAAUCUGCUUCAUCCCAGUUUGUAUAAAAAAAAACAUAUUGAACUUUUGCACCAUUUGCCAUUGCGAAUUUGUGCACUGGUUGCGAGACCUACAGUUUGUCAUAGUGUUGCUGAACUCGGCAAUUAACCCGUAUUUGUACGCAUGGAGGAUGCCUCAUUUCAAGAAGGUCUUGCGCAAGUUUAUCGUGUGUUAUUCAAAACGAGUAGUCUCGCAAGAUGAUACGUCGAUAGAAACUAAAAGUAACGUAGCGAAAGGAGAAAAGUCUGAAAACAAUUACUCCAAUGUCACAGUUGAGACUAAGAUGACCAAUGAAAAAAAAAAAUCGAGAAAUUAAACAAACUAUAUCUGCAGAAAUGUCGUAAAGUUUAAGAUUUAAAUAUCAUUUACAAAUUAAAAGG